AUGACACAUACAAAUAUGUUAGCAAUUGGUUCUUGUGGCUUACUCGGAGUUGCUUGUCUUAUGUUUAUUCUAAACACUGCUUUAUCAUCAUGGGCUGUGAUGAAAUAUGUGCACUAUAAAUGUUGCAAACUUAUCUUGUGCACGUCGUCAUUAUUAUUGACAAUAACGCCGCGCAAAAUGUCGGAACAAUGUGAUAGUUUUCAUCCGAAUCUAUUUACGCCGAAUAUAUGUUGUAACUGCUUUCGAGAUAAACAAUACCAUCAAAAUAGUGCAAGUUCAAAUGAAUAUAUAUCAUCUGCUGUUCAAAUACCAGCCGAUCAUGAAACAACUGAUAAUAAUGAUCAAUACAACCAGAAUGAGACAGCUACGACCUCUGAGCCAAUAUUAGUUCAAACAUCAUUCCCAACUACACUUCCGCAGUGUAAAUAUGGUGUUGCAUGUUAUGAAACAGAUGGUAGCCAUUUCGAGCAGUUUUUGCAUCCACCCAGCCACAGAAGACAUCAUACUUCGAAUACGAGUUCUUCUCGAGUAAAUAGCAGUAGUAAAAUUGAUCAACAUCGAACAAAUGAACAGGAUAUGGUACCUUCGGAUGAAAUAUCAACUAUGAAGACGCUUCCGCCAUGUAAAUAUGGUUUGUCAUAUUAUAGAACAAAUCCUAAUCAUUUUGAGCAUUAUUCACACCCGCCUGGCCAUACAAGACGAGAACAGUUCUCUAAUAUUGGUGACGUUGACAUCCCUAUCGUCAGCAAUGACAGUCCUUCUCCAAUGGUACCUACAUGUAGACCUGAUAAUGAACGCAAGCUCAAACUAAAAGAAAAGCUUAAAGAACAGAAGAAAUCCGAACUUCAUUUCAUUGAACUAAUGCAGAAUAAAGUAGAAAGCUUAAUCGACCAGUUAGAAUUAAAAGAUAAAGAAAUUACAAAAUUGCGUCAAGAUCUAACAGAAAUGGUUACGUAUAGUCAAGAAUUGGAAAUGGCGCUUGCCGAAGAGAUAAAUCACCGUGAACGACGUGAACUAGAACGAAAGCAAAUCGUGGCUAUUCCAAGACAGACACCAGGAUAUUGGGGUCCGAAUGCAUUUGAAGAAUCUUAUCGUGAAAUAGAAAUAUCGACUCAAUCACCAGAAUUUGAUAUUAUCAACCAGUUGAUGAGUGCAACAAUAUCAAAUCAUGGCAACAAAUACGGAACGGUUAAUGGACAAGAUCCAACGGAAUUUUUGAUAAACAGAAUAAUACGAAUACACAAUAAUGAAUUAUGGCAUACUUAUUGCUACAAAAAAGACAUGAUCAUUCAUAAAUAUAAUGAUAGACUGACCGAUUGUGAAAGUUCGAAAUAUUUACAAGCUCAUCCAAUACUGACACCUCUGUUAGACACAAAAACGAAUGAAUAUUGGCUUUUUCAUGGAUGUAGCCAAAAUAGUUUAGAUCAUUUGUUACAUAGUGGUUAUGAUCCUCGUGUUUCCAAUCUGUGUGGCAUGUUUGGAGGUGGUUUCUAUUUGGCUGAAAAUUCCUCAAAAUCAAAUCAAUAUAUUCCUUGUCCUAGAUGCGGUAAAAAUUCUAUAGGUAAUGAUAUAGGAUGCAAUUGUGCUAAUCAACAAGAUAUCGAGUUUGCAAUAGUUCUCUAUCGUGCUGCUCUGGGUGACGUGCAUGUGGCAAUGAAGUAUGAUAAAGAAAAAUACCGUCGUGGUCCUAAUGGGCAGCGUGUUCGUCGUCCACCUAAGAAAACAAACGAUAAAGAUUUGUACGAUUCGGUGAUGGGUGAAAGUAUGGAAAAUGGCAGUGAUCGACUCAAAUAUCGUGAAUUUAUUCUAUAUGACUCAGGACAAGCUUAUCCUGAAUAUGUUAUUUAUUUUCGCCGUUCAGCGAAUCGUGCACGACAAUCAAGCAACAUAGAAAAUUUAAAGAAGAAAUGUCGAAAUUUCUUGAUUAAUACAUUUCGAAAAAAUCCAGAAUAA